AGGCAGUUUGUCAUGCAAAGGUAACUUCAUAGCAAGCGCAAGACGGCCUUGACCCACAGCUGUGGGACGACAGCGGAAAAGUUCGCGUGGAAAAUCUAUAACAGCUUCUAGAACUGUCGGCACGCACUGAACGGAGUUCUGCCCCACUGUGAGGUAUUCCACACUUUUAAGUUGCUUGAGACCAAAAUGGCACGAAAUGGCGUCACUCUCCCUGUCAACAUGGCGGACGGGUCAGCUCAGAACGGUGUGACGAAUGGUGUCCGGCGGGGAGAUGGAAGUCCUGCAAAAAAACCCAGAACUGCUCUGAACACGGAUUUCUUGUCAGCCAUGUUUGACGUGAUGGUCAAGGAGGCCUUACAGGAAGGGCUGGACGUUAACAGCAAGGUGGUGGAGUUUAAGCACCCCAAAGAUUUGGAGUCCAUCAUGGAUCUGGACAUCGGUCAAGCUGGGACUCCUGACCAGACUCUCAUCAGCAUGACCAAACAGAUCGUCAAAUACAGCGUCAAGUCAGGACAUCCCCAUUUUUUCAAUCAGUUAUAUGGCGGAUUCGACCCAUACACCCUGGCAGGGGCGUGGCUUACUGAAUCCCUCAACACCAGCCAGUACACAUACGAGGUGGCACCUGUGUUCACCCUGAUGGAGAAAACCGUCCUCGCCAAGAUGUGUCGUCUGGCUGGUUUUCAAGAUGGUGAUGCAAUCUUCUGUCCUGGAGGCUCUGUGUCUAACAUGUAUGGAAUCAACCUAGCACGCUACAAGAAAUACCCUUCUGUCAAGACAGCAGGAAUGGGGGGAUUACCUCCCUUGUGUAUCAUGACGUCAGAGACGGGCCACUACUCCAUGAAGAAGGGGGCGUCGUUCCUCGGUCUCGGUAUGGACAAUGUCAUCGCCGUCAAGUGUGACGACAAGGGCAGGAUGCUGUCGUCUGCUCUUGAGGACGCCAUUUUGAAGGCGAAAGGAAAUGGCAUGGAUCCGGUGAUGGUUAAUGCGACGGCGGGCACGACAGUUCUCGGGGCAUACGACCCGCUAGUCGACAUCGCCGACGUAUGUGAGAAGUACGGUAUAUGGAUGCACGUGGACGGCGCGUGGGGCGCUGGGGUACUUCUGUCUGGAAGUCUAAGACACCUCAUGACUGGAAUAGAGAGAGCUGAUUCUUUGACGUGGAAUCCGCACAAGAUGAUGGGAGCAGCGCUGCAGACCUCUGCCUUCCUCACGCGUCACAAGAACCUGCUCUCUGAGUGCCACUCUGCCAAGGCCAAGUACCUGUUCCAGCAGGACAAGUUCUACGACGUCAGCUACGACACCGGGGACAAGUCAGUCCAGUGUGGCCGCAAGGUCGACGUCCUUAAGCUCUGGAUGAUGUGGAAGGCCAAGGGAGACAACCAGUUCGAGAGAGAUAUCGACAAUAUAUUUGCUUGUUCAAGGUAUUUAACUAAGAAGCUUCAGUCAACAGAAGGGUUCCGGCUUGUCCUGGAGGAGCCGGAAUGCACCAACAUCUGCUUCUGGUACAUCCCCCCGAGCAUGCGCAAUAAAACGGAAGACAGAGACUGGUGGGAGGCACUUGCGAAGGUGGCGCCUCGUAUCAAACAGCGCAUGACAGAAGAAGGAACGCUUUUGAUUGGCUACCAACCUGACGGACACAGGGUUAACUUCUUCCGGAUGGUUGUGUCGAACACCAGCUCCACACUCCACGACAUGGACUUCGUCGUGUCAGAGAUAGACCGACUAGGGCGAGAUCUGUGACACGUGACAGCCGCCGAAGAGGCCGUGAAAGACGGGACCUAGUUGUGUAUUCAUCUGAAGCAAAUGCUUAUUCAUUGUGACUCAGCAGUUUCUGUACGGACUACGGGUUACUGUGUCUGUGUAUUUCGCCGUUGACCUGUAUAUUCUAUUCAGCAACGUUAGACUGAGAUAACCCAUUGCGCACUGCAUACAUCGUAUCGCCCCAUCUCCAUGUGCAUAUGGUUGUGUUUUUUUUACUUACACAACCCAAAAAAAUCAUGACCAUAUAUGCUUUUACAAACCUACAUUAUUUUUUAAUUAUGAGAGUGUAUAUGUUUCAAUGUGUUUGUACUUGUACUCUCUAGUUCUAAUUUCGGGUUAAGGGUUGGCAACAUGUCCAAGGCCCCGCAAUGCAUUGUGAGUUGCCUCCCCUAGCCAUGUCAUGAUCCGCUGCCAUGUUCGUAGGUUCGAAUCUCAGAUUCGCCCUGAAUGUAACCCCUGGUUUGGCAGCACCGUAGCCGUAUCGUCAUGUUGGGCUUUCCUACCACAUCAAACUUACACGCCUUGAUAACAUUUGUAUACAGACAGACAGAAGUUUAUUCAAUAUUUUAGGCCAUAUGACCUAUAGUACAGUAGUGUUUGUUUUUUGUAUCAACAUUGUACAGUCACGUGUAGGUAAUAAUAAGUUUACAUAAAAAUAUUAACGUCUAAUUUCAAAAAUCUUCCUCAGGAAUAUUGACAGAGAUGAUAUUGUAUUUGCAUUGCAGGAGUUCAACAAAUUUCUCAUCAGUUGUUCAUCUUUGUACAUAGUUGAAAUCAUAGGGAGGUAUCUAUUUCUAAGAAACUGAUAAUAUUUACAAAUGAGAAGUACAUGAAACUCAUCCUCAACAUAGCCUUCAUUACAAUAACGGCAUAAACUACUUUCUUUAUCUUGUACAUUUUUCUUUCUGAGAUUGUUAACAUUAAAAUUAUGUAAUGAUAUACGUAAUUUACACAAAGAUCUUCUCAAAGUUCUAUCCUGAAGUACAGAUACAUAUUUUUCGGGAACAAGUAAAGAUUUUAUAUUCGUAUAAUGGCAUAAAAACCUUGAGGAUGAUAUUUGACAGUGCCAAUCUUGUGAAAAUAUAUCAACUAAUCUUUCCUUAAGCAUGAAGAUAAAUAGUUUAUCAUUUCCAACAUCUUGAGAUAUCCAUGCAAGAGAAAAACCAGACAUACAAAGAAUAUUUCUGAUAUCAGACACCCAUAAACAAUAUUUACCCUAACAUUUGUAUAAAGCAUAGUUGAAGUCAUUGUUCUACUCAUGUGGCAUCAUUUUUGACAUGACUCUCAUCGUGUAGACGGCACCACAGCUGAUUGUUAUCUUUUUUAUUACCCAUGUAGUGGACCUACUGGUAGUGUGAUACUAACUCAGUACGUCACACGUGUGUCGUCCAAGGUUGACCUCCGGUUUGAUUUUUGACAACUUUUUACUAUUACCAGAACUAAAGGAGCGUCGUGACACGGAGACACAAUUACAAAUAAACACACGGAAUGACGAUGAAAGUUGUUUAGUAUAGCCAAAAUAAAACAGUUUUCAUUUGGGAACGAAUAACUUAAUACAUUACCUACACGUGUAUAAUGGUCAAUGUGACAAAAACUGUUCCAAAUGCUAGCUUACCACAGCUUUGGUAAACAAACAAUUGACACUGCAAAGAUAUUUAGCUACACUGAAACAAAACUGAACGUGUUUUCGCGUCUCAUGCAAAUGCUUCUGUUGUAUUUAUGAACCUUUUUAUGAUUGUUACCCUUAGAGGCUCUAUUUAGGAAUUAAAUUUGUUUUCAAAGUA